GAGCUCCUUGGAGUUAAACAUCUUUUGCGACCUGCUGAAACUCCAGAACAUCGAGUCGUCAACAUGGACCUUCAUUACCCGUUCCUUUAUUUCUCUUUGGAUGACAUUCAUCUCCUAAUGAGCUGCAUUUUGACUCAACAACGGAUUGUUUUUCUCUCGUCGUCAUAUUCACUGCUCACUCCAGUGAUUGAGAGCUUGUUCACGUUUAUCCAACCCUUUUUAUGGAGUUGGACAUAUGUACCAAUCCUUCCAAGUGCACUACUGGAUUUAGUAGAAGCGCCUGGUGCAUUUAUUAUGGGAUGUCAUAGAGAACAUAAGAGCAAAAUAGAACGGGUUGUCAAAGAGAUGGAUGAGUUUUCCACCUUUGUUAUCGCUGAUAUCGACGAAGGUUCAGUAAAAAGCCCUCCGAGAAUUCAGCGAUUGCCAACUUAUGCUGCGGAAUUGUACAAAUUCAGGAUGAAAAACGCAGUUAUCCACUUCGACAGUCUUCUUCUUCAAAGACAAACUUUCUACUCGUUGCAAGAAUGGAAAGAGAGCAGAGAUCAGUUCGUCAGAAAUUUCCAACAGCUUGUUUUAGCAUCCAAUUUGGAGAUGAUGUUGCGAAUGUUUAGUGACAUUAAGAAUUACAUCGUACAGCAAGAAGAUCUUUUCUUUGAUAUGGAUACUUACAUUGAGUCAAAGCCUUUAGAUAACCAAGGUUUUUUUCGUGAGGUGUGCAAGAGUCAUGGAUUUAGCAUGUUUCUUUACGACCUGAUUCACAACCCAGAAAAGACAGACUACUUCACACUUAUGGCUCAGAAAACCAGGGUUGUUCCAAAGGUAGGUCCACUGAGAAAGAGAAGUUCAUCUGCAUUGUCUGCUGUUCCUGUCAUUCCCGAUCAAUGUUUUGUCAAUGCNCUGCUCCCAGUUGGCUUUUCUGUUCCCACAGGACGUUUCUAUGAAGAUUACUUGAAGUCGUUGAACACCAAGAUCACUGAUCCUACGAAUAUGUCUUCAAGUCUUCUUGCUAGCCACUUGUAUUUGCGUGGUAUGUUGCGGAUUGCCCGUAGAGAAAACACUAAGGCUGUGGAUGACUUCUUCGGAGUUUCGUCGAGAAGUGCCCAGCUCUUUCCAAGCUCGACCGUGAAGGAGAUCAUUUGCAAACUGAGCGAUUCAGAAGUUGCGGAAUUAAAGACAAGACAUUUCUGGAGAAAAGCAGAGCUUCUCAGAAUUGAUGCCAAGGAAAAGUGGAAUUACAUAAGGGAAAGAAAGGAGGUGGUUACUUCAGCAAUUCCCUCGACUCCUCUGGCUCUUGAAGAAUUCGUGAAACAUGCAAGCAUGUUACAGAUAGCUAACAGUCAAGAUGCAGGAAGGAGACUAUUCCAAGCUUUGACGAAUGAUUCAACGUCAACAGUGGUCGAUCCAGAAACGUUUGCCACAUUUUAUUACGCUUUCACAGAGGCUAGCAUCAAAGCUAAGAGUCUUUCAUUACGCAACAUUGUUUUGGAACGCAACGAGUAUGUACUGAAGGUUUCAAAGCAUAUUAAGACAAAUAAGGGCAUGGGUUGGCUGGUUCUCACAGUCGACAGAUUGUUGUUCCUGCCGGAUGGAACUCAGAACUGUACUUCUGUUUUAUGCAAUGACGAAAUUAUGAAUGUGGAGCCGCACUCUGAGAGUCGGUUGUCGCGAUAUGGUUAUUCGGAUACAGCUAUCCGAAUAACCAGCACUGCCAGGGAUUCAGUAUCGUUCAUAGCACAUGUAAAGGAAGAGAAGGAUUUCUGGCGGAGCUGCUUGCUGGAAAUGAAAGCUGCAUACAUGAUUUCUGAUAUUUACAAGGACAAGGAAAUCGUAAAGCAAGCGGCCCAGAACGUCAUCAUGGCGGAUUCUCUGAGUCAAAGUAACUACUCUGACCAAGUUGCAAUGCAAGUUCUUUACUAUAGCACGCAGAGCCAUCACAAAUCUAAAUUGACAAGGCCUACUGAAAAGACGCUGUUUAUGAGAGUGAACCCCUCACCUCAGGACAUUGAGAAAACAACAGUGGAAGCUUUGCUUUAUGUGCCAGGGUCGAAAGAAAGAGAACGAAAGAUCUGGUGCGCCAUGCCGUCAAAUUGUAAUAUACAAUUUGAUCCACAUGUUUGUUGUUAAAGAUAGGGAUGAAAAACCGUAGGCCCCGUCUCAUGCAUCUUCUUUGAACUGGUUAGCAGUGGACGUUAAAGAACCCACAUCGCAAAGAGUAGAGAAUGUAGCUCCCAGUGUUGUGGUCUGGCCUUGAUUCUGAAAUUGGGGGCAUCUGCAAAACUUUCCUUCAAAAAAGAUGUAUACUGCUCAGUGCAGUCUGGCCAAAGUCCCCCGCAAAGUAAAGCGCCAUGAGCUAUGUGAUGUGGCGCUAUAGAAAUCCUCAUUAUUAUUAUUAUUAUUGUUAUUAUUAUUAUUGUAGUUCCUUAAAGUCUUGCUCUUUAUUCUUAUGGUGCCGAG